ACAGGUUUCAUGGACAAAUAGAAUGAUAGCUCCUAUGGACUGAGGAGAUGGCGGGAAGAAAGCUCUUGAGAGAAUAUGGAUCAGAUUGAAGUCUUUUCUAACAAGACCCUGCUGAACUGCACAAUGGGUCAGGAAGCCGGGAAGCCCACAUGGCCAAAACCGGCAGGAGGGUAUCAGACUAUUACUGGUAGAAGAUACGGAAGAAGGCAUGCCUAUGUCAGUUUUAGACCAUCUCUGACAAAUCUGGAGAGAAAUUCAAGCCAACAUGACGAAGAGUGUGAAGGACUAGAGCUAGAUGAUGUUCAAAAAGAAAAUUCUUUGAGUUCCAGUCCAUUGGUUCAAGUGUGUUCUGCUUUGGCAGAUGUACCAUUGUCAGCAACUGUUGUAUCAGAAGGUCCUCUUGGUCAAGCUGAAUUGAGCCAAGCAGAUAUUACUUCAUCUUCACCAGGAUCUUACAGUUUGGGGGACAACUCAGUUGUGAGAAGCAAUGUGAAUUCUAAUGACAUUUUGGAUAAUUGUGCAGACUAUACUUCUGCAGAGCAUAACAACAUGAAUGGCCAGAAUGGAAUUGCUUUUGUAAACAUUGACUCGUAUGAGCCUGAUAGCAGUGAUGGCGAGGAAGAGGGUGGCCAAACAAAUCUAUCCUUAGCAAAAGAAGAAGCAGGAAUAUGUCAAGAGAUGCUGGAAAGUGUGCUUUCUGAGUUGGAGAAGGAAGUGGAUUCCCUUAGUGAUCUACAGUCACAUUUGUCCGAAUUCACUCAUAAUGCUUCAAGCAACAGCUUUGAAGAUCUAAGACCAGUGCCUUUCAAGAGACAUUCUAGCAUAGAAUUGGAUAAUACUCACCAAACUAAGACACUUCUGAAAACACCCAGUGAAGACAACUUGCUAAUAAAAAAUAACUUUACCACAGUUUACGACCUGGAACAGCAAAAAAAUACAGCUGAUCCUUCAAUUAGGACACCAGUAGGGAUUUAUAAUGACUUGAGUACUAAUCAUGGGAAGGUAGACCAAGGGAAUUCAUCUGAAUUGGUAGUAAGACCUAAAGUUCGAAAGCAAAAUUCUGUGAACCAUUUGGAUAAGCAGUCUCUUAAAAAUGAUGAGGAAGAAAAAAGCAGUGCUAGGAGGUGGAGUGAGAAUGUGGAUGUCCAGCAACACAGUACAGAAUGUGUUUUGAAACACAGCAAAGAAAAAAUCAAUUCUAAUAUGUUUUUUGAUCCAAGAGAUUAUGAAGGUGCUCAAAAGAAAACAAAAAGUGAACUAAGGAAGCAAAAUGUAACUCUCCAAGACAGCAAAAGUAAACUAGAUGAUAAUGCUUUCUGGGAUGAAUUUGAAGAUUGUGGAAGGAAUCUAUCUAGCUCCAACAAAGAUGAAGACAGCUCAGAAUGCAGUGAUGGGGAAUGGUCUGCAUCUCUGCCAUCCUAUUUUGCUGUGACCGUGAAAGAUCAGUCUUCCAGUGAUGAGAGCUGGGAGACACUUCCAGGAAAAGAGGAACAGGAGCCAGAGGUGCAGAGUGACAGCAGUGGUGUGGAAGAGGAACAUAAUGAGUUUGGUUUACAAGCAGGGGAACCGACCUCUCUGGAAGAUGGUGAGAUUCCUUGGUUGCAGUAUCAUGAAGAAAUUGAAAGCAGCAGUGAUGAGGAGAACGAUCAAGUCAGCCACUUUGUACAUCCUGGCUUUUUCAUGUUGGAUGGCAACAACAAUCUGGAGGAUGAUUCCAGUAUGAGUGAAGACUUAGAUGUAGAGUGGAGGCUGCUUGAUGAAUUUGGUGAUGGUCUUGGUGUUGCUCAAGCCAUUUCAUAUGUGGAUCCCCAGUUCCUGACAUACAUGGCCCUUGAAGAACGCUUGGCACAAGCCAUGGAGACUGCUCUGGCACACCUGGAGUCUCUCGCCAUUGAUGUUGAGCAGGCUCACCCACCAGCUAGUAAAGAGAGCAUAGACUGUCUGCCCCAAAUUAUUAUAACAGAAGAUCACAAUGCUGUAGGUCAGGAGCAGUGUUGCGCUAUCUGUUGCAGUGAGUACAUCAAAGAAGAAAUUGUAACGGAGCUUCCAUGUCAUCACUUUUUCCAUAAACCCUGUAUAACACUUUGGUUACAAAAGUCAGGAACGUGUCCUGUAUGCCGUCAUGUGCUUGCACCUGUGCUUCCAGAAACAGCCACUCCUACAGUCACCUUUCUGCCUGAUCAUGAUUCUACUCCUUCAGUCCACAGUACUUCAGGAACACAAUAAAAUUAACAUAUAAAAUGAGAGUUUGCCCAUCAGACUUUACUGUAAAUUUUUCCUGUUUAAUUACAAUGUGAAAUUGGUUUAUAUGUAAGUAUAUAUAUUUAAAGACACACUUUAAAAUAUAUAUUAGUUUAGAAAGAGAAUGUAUGAGCUUUCUAAACACGUUUAGGUUUACUGGGAGGGUUAAAAUAAUCAGACUGAAAGGUGUAUAAGAUCGCACCGGUCUUCUGCAGUGAACAUGUUGCUAUUAACUGUCUAAUGCUUAUAUUAAAUUUGUCUGAAGGAAUGAUAAUUAAUGUGGCACUUUGUGUUCAAAAUGCAACUGCAGUGCAGUUGGAGCUUACAAAAGUUAUGCAUAUAACCUGUUUUACAUUAUAUGAUAUUUGAGUCUUGGGUUGUUUCCUUUUGUUCCAGAAUAGUGCCACAGUUAUUUUGUACAUAGCUCUUUCAUAUUUGCAUCAAAUGUGAAGAUGUUCUGUGAUCACAGCAGUAGAAUACUUUGGUUUCACUGGAAAUAAAUGGCAUAAUCAAACUCUU